AUGCCAUCUGCAAUGGCUGAGCUCUGUGCUGGCCUGCGCCGCAUGCUGGCUGCUCUGGCGCCGCGCGCAGGCCCAUCGAGUGCGCCAAUUGCGCCAAAGGCUGUGACGGAGGUCCCAGCCCCGCCUCUCCCGGCGCUGACCCAAAUCCAGGAGGAGUUUGAGGUGGCCUACAUGGACGCCCAGUUGGAGGUUUCGGAGAAGGUCAAGCAUUACAAAGGUUUGAAUGGCGGCGGGAAUCUGAUCAGAUUUCAAGAGAUCGAUAUUCGCAACUUGUGGAAUGUUCGAAUUAAGACGGCUGAGCUGCAGAGGCGGCAGGCCGAGAAAGAAGCAGAAGAGCGGCGCGCGCAGGCUUGUGUGGAGCACGGCGUGGCGCCUGCAGAUGAGGAGCCGGUUCACAAUGUCCAGCUCUGGGAGCCGCGCUCUCAGGACUACAUUGUCUACUCACAGCUGGCGCUGCACACUUGUUUUGCAUCCCCUUCGCAGAGGAUUGAGGACCUGUACAUCACAGAGGACACCGCCCGCGAGUGGGCGUCUGAAUUGGGCGCGGUGAUGGUGGGGGAGAUGGACAUUCUGGGAGGUGUCAGUCCAGGUAGUCCGAAGGCAGACAAGUCUAUCAGCCUGGAGGCUUCGGAUGUGGAUGUGCAUCCCCUCCGGCAGCUGUGUACGCCAAUGGAGGUGCCAUUGUCACUCUUGCCAUCCACCUUCAUUCCGCGGAUGUUGGCCUGCCCGGAAACGCUAUUGCAACGCUCGCUGAAGAUGAAGAAUGACUACAAAUUGAGUCGGCAGCUUCUCCGGCACUUUCCAAGGCUGCGAGGCGGGCAGAUUGAAGCUGCAGUACAAAUGGCCGAGCAGUUCAAGGACCUGCGGCGGAUGCUGGAUACACACGGCCCAGUGGCACUCCUGAAGGAGACCAAGGAGCCAGAUGCGGAUGUCGACAACGACAAGGUGGUGAGCGAUGCCAGGCUGCAAGUGCAGCUGGGCGGCGACUUGGAGGCAUCCUUGAAGGAUCUCGCCUCCAUACCUUGUGAACAAGGUUCUGUGGAGGCUUUUGACUUGCGGAGUUUGUCGCGGCCGCUGCUGGCCUUCUACAUCCUGGUGGACUUAGCUGUCUCAGCAGCGCCCUUCAGCCAGAUGAGCACCUUCUUGCUCAAGAAGGCAACACCCUGGCUGUCGGGUGAGGCGGAGGCUGGCACGGAGUCGGUGCCGCUGGCGAUGCAAAGCUUCUUCCAGAAUUGGGUGGAGCGACUGUGUGUUCUGGUGGAAGUACGACCGGAGCUACGAGACCGCGCGUCCCUGGCCUCCAUCAUCUUGGGCAUCGAGACGCUGCCGUCGGAGCCGGCGCUGCUCAAGUCGCACCUGAAUCGGCUGCACACGCAAAGACAUGCUAUUUUGUCUUUGGUGGAGAGCGUGGAUUUGGUGAAGAAAGGACAGACGUCAGCAUCACAGCGGACGUUGGUUGACUUUCUCUCCACCGCAAUCACAUCCUUCAACCGGGAGGAGGAGGACGGCUCGAAGGUGCCUGUUGCAGAAGGAGACCGUGAGGAGGCCGUGCAAAUCUCCGAGGGCCUGGGGUCUUCAAGGUACCUGCUCCGCUUCUUGGAGUACCUUGCGCGAGUGGCAGACCUCAUGCACUCUGCGUCACAGGAUGCUGGCACGCGAAAGCCGAAGAAAGCAGUGGAGGCUCAGCAGAAGCGGGAAAGUCGGGAAAGCAUUACAGUGACGUUUGAGAGCGUCGAUGUGCCAGAGCCGGGUGAAGAGACCGCCGAGGAGGCAGGCGUCACCAAGCUCUUUGACGUGCUGGCAGAGCCGCCCAAGGGUAUCAUGGCUCGACUGCUCUUCGAGUUGGGCGGUCAUCGCCAGGCGCUCGCCCUUUCCGAGAUCAUGAGCAUUGACAUCGUGGAGGUCAUUGUGAACUCCUCCUUCAAGUGGACGGACGGAGCUUCCGAUAGCCCCAGCCAGUAUCCAAUGUCUAUGGAGGUGGUGCAAUACCUGGCGCAGCACGAGCGAGCGCUGCCUCAGGUGCGAUGCACCGAGGCACCCCUUCUGGCCACGCUGGCGUGCCUGGAGUGCCGGGGUCACAAGUGGCCCUCCUGGCCCAUGCUGUGCUUCGCCAAGGAGAAGAGCCAGUUCUUCCCGGCCUUGCAUCGCUGGGUGGAGGAGAACGCUGGCACGCCUUGCGGGCAAUCCAAUGGGCCAAAGCACGCUCUGAGGGGAAAGAGGCUGGAAGCCUUCCUCCUUCCUUGCUGGUGA